AUGAUGUCAAAGGACAUCGCUACCCCUAACCCUUCCUUCAGGGUCUACUACGGCGGCGCACCGGGCUCCGUCCCCUUCACCUGGGAAUCCGCACCUGGAACUCCCAAGCACCACCUCGACGACGACGACGACGACUCCAAUCUCCCGCCCUUGACUCCGCCGCCUUCCUUCUACUCCUCCUCCAACCACUCCCGCCGCCGCUCCUCCGCCGCCAUGAGGCUGCCCAACUUCCUCUUCAGAUCCCUUUUCCCCAAAACCGGAGCGGCAGCCUCGAGUCGGGGGUUGAGGUCCUCUGCCGCAUCUUCUUCUUAUUCUUCUCAGUAUUCCGAUCGAAAUUACAAUUCCAAUUGCUCGCUGUCCUACUCCUCCUCCUCCACGUCAUCAUCGUCUUCCUCCUCCGGGCGCUCCCCUGACGCGCACGGGAGGAAUGCGUGGCGGAGCCGGUGCUUCUCCUGCUCUGGGCUGCACGGCCGCCGCCGCCACGACGACGUAUUGGAUGAAGAAGGUAAAGGAGGAAGCGCUAUAAAGAAGCGAAGGUCGGUGUCUCUGGGAAGAUGGUGUUCCUUUGGGAGGGUGAGAAACGCUGUGUUGUCAUCAUAG